AGAUUUGGAAUGAGUUGCCACCAGAGAGCGUUGUAGACGAGUGACGGUGAAUAAUCGGCCAUGUCUGCUAUGGAAAGACACAUACAACAAACCAACGAACGUCUUCAGUGCAUUAAAGAGGCAUUAGGAUCACCGACUGGGUUCCAGAGUGCAGCGAGAGAGCUGUUGGAGUGGUGCAGUGAUACACGAGCUUUCCAGAAGGUAUUCGAACACAAUCUGAUCAGCUGUCUAACGGUGGUUAACAAGGUAGCUGCCCAGCAGGGGUUUGAUCUUGACCUCGGUUACCGGUUAUUGGCUGUCUGUGCUGCACAACGAGACAAAUUCUCCCUGAGAUCAGCAUGUAAGUUUUAUUUGAUUGUCUCUACAUUUAAUGUUUUAAGUUACGUGACAGUCAUCAC